CUAAACAAGGCGAUACACAGCUUUGGAAUGUGUGAGCUAAAGUCACACAGCAGUCGGAGUGAAGGAGUCCAAUAGAAGUGGAUGAUGUUGGAUUCCCGGAGCCAAUCCGAGCGCUUCUUGCUGCUCGUUGGGUGCCUACCUGGCUCAGUUGCAGCUCCUCCUAACAUUUAUAAAAGCAACAACGUCUCCGUGAAGAUGGGCCUGUGGAUCUGCUAUUCUGAGUCGGACUCAAAUACCGCUUUCUCCUUCAUCUAGCGGCAGGUACCAUAUACAAUUAUGGAGGUUUAAAAGGUAACGAGUUUUUGGGGGGAAGGGGUCUUUCCCCUGAAACUGGAUGGACUGUUUAGAUGGACUUUUUGGCUGGUUGCAGAAUCUGUUGCCUUUUGCACAAUAAGCUAAACUAGACAAAGAAAGAGACAAGUAUUUUUGGAUAACUGAGGAUAUAUUUGUAAAAUUUUGUACAGAAAAAUAGCCAGUUAUUUAUGUUUCUUGAUGCCAUUGAUUGUUCUUCCAGCACUGUGUAGUGUGAGUCACUGUGUUAAUAUGGUGGACUGAGGUGAGGUUGACAUUCAUCCUGGGGUUGCUAGGGUGCAGUGGAACCUCAACACAUGCACAAUUCUAGCACCCCAACCUUUGGGCAGAGUGGUGCUUUUUCAGCUUUUCUGUUGUGCUUAAAGUUUUUUUGCUGCAGGAGUUUGUUUUAAUUUCAACCUGGUAUAUUUGUCUGCAUCAGCACAGUUUUGUCAAGGGUUGUGGCUUUGCUGUUUUGGGGGCUUAUUUAUUGAACAGUGAGGCUGGGGUUUUUCUGUUGUUUGGGUGAAACUGGAUAUUUGGGUUUUGAAGGAGAGGGUUUAAGAUGAGUGUCUUGACCCCGGAAUGCACAACAAAAUGCCGUUCACCACGCCAUGCGGAGGAGAUAGUGGCUGCUCUGACUGGUGGCUCAGAAGCGCAGCUAAAGGCCUUCCUAUCAGCCCACUGCUACAAUGCUGCCACUCUGCGUGAUGAGUUUGGCCGCACAGCUCUCCACCUCGCUGCCUCGCUAGGCAAACGUGCCCUGUUGGAAUGGCUUCUGGACAGCAAGAAUGCUGACCUGCUGAUGAAGGACAAGGAGUCAGGCUGGACGGCUUUGCACCGGAGCGUCUUCUAUGGCCAAAUCCACUGCCUCAUGGCCCUCAUAAAGCGUGGUGGUGUACUAUCUAUUCCGGAUAAGGAGGGGCUCUCUGUUCUGGACUUAACUGUGAAAGACCGCCCAGCGCAUGUUGUGUUCCGAAGCAGUGAUCCCACUGAAGUGUACACCUGGGGGAACAAUGCUAACUUUACUCUUGGGCAUGGAAACCAGCAGAGUAGACACCAUCCUGAGAUUGUGGACUUGUUUCCCAGAACCGGGGUGUAUAUUAAGCAGGUGGUCUUGUGCAAGUUCCACUCUGUCUUCCUGUCUCAGAAGGGACAGGUUUACACCUGUGGACAUGGUCAGGGAGGACGUCUUGGACAUGGUGAUGAACAGACAUAUUUGAUUCCUCACAUGGUAGAGGGGCUCCUUUCCCAUCACUGCUCACAGAUUGCUGCAGCUAGAGAUCACACCAUAGUUCUAACCGAAGAAGGUUAUAUCUACACUUUUGGGCUCAACACAUACCACCAGCUAGGCCUCGCACCUCCUCCGACUGCCAGUCAUGUGCCCAAACAGGUGACGUUUAAGUCUCUGAAAGGGAGGACUGUGAUUGGUGUUGCUGCUGGAAGAUUUCAUACUGUUCUGUGGACCAGAGAUGCAGUCUACACUGUGGGACUGAAUGGUGGACAACUGGGCUACCUGCUGGACCCAAACGGAGAGAAGUGUGUGACUGUGCCCCGGCAAGUGUCUGCUUUACACCACAAGGAUGUGACCAUUGCCAUGGCUACAGCCAGUAAUGGAGCCACUGUGUGUUUGACUGAGAAAGGGGACAUCUACCUGCUCGCUGACUAUCAGUGCAAGAAGCUUGCCUCCAAACAGCUGAACAUCAAGAAAGUUCUCGUCAGUGGAGGCAGUUUGGAUCAUCGGGUUGACCCCCAGCUCCUUAACGAAAGCGGCGGAGAGAAGAUUACCAUCCUGGCCUUGGAUGAAGCUGGGAGGGUGUUUUGUUGGCGCUCUGUGGGCAUCUUGGUGAGGCAGUGUAGGUGGGCCUAUGGGCGACAGGUCUUCAUGUCAGACAUUGCCCUUGGCAAGAGUGAAAUGAUGUUUGUGACACAGGAUGGUGAAGGCUUCAGUGGCCAAUGGCUUGGUGAAUACAAGAAGAUUGUUAACAAGAAAGGUGUUGGAACGGAGGUGUGUGGUCACUCUGAGAGUGGAGGUGUGUAUGAGCGUAUUCGUCUUGAAAAACUCCCUUACAUCCACAGAGCUGUCAGCAUCACCAUGGACUCCAAAGGCCGUAACUUUGGGGUGCUACAGUCUGAUCCCAAAACAAGCCUAUUUGAAGUGCCCACCGUCUCAGCCUCUUUGUUUACCCAGCACUUCCAGCAGCUCCAGGCUGAAGCUGACGAAACCGACAGCAUCCACGACAUAACUCUUCAGGCCGGGGACCGCAUCUUUCCUGCUCAUAAGUACAUCUUAUCCAUGCGUUCUGAGUUCUUCCGCAAGCAGCUACUCGCAGAUUCUGCUCAGGGAGAUGAAGGGGACGAGGAAGUGAAGAGGAGUGUGGAUGCUGUUGGCUGUGAGCUUCUGAUCCUAGAGAAAAUCUCACCUGAAAUGCUGGAGCAUGCUUUGUGCUUCAUGUACACAGACUCUUGUGAGAUGCUGGUGCACGGAGCCAGGCCAGCCAUGCCACACCUCAGCCAGGGCACUGAGCAGCAGCAACAGCUGAUCCACAGCCUAGAGGAACUUCGUCUUAGCGCCCGCUCCGCUUUAGAGGUUUACCGCUCUCUGCCUCCCUUGGCUCUUGGCGACGAAGACAAGCCAAAGAGCAAGAGUGCCAAGUCAGGGAAGAAGAGCAAGGGUGUUGGUGGUGCUACCACACAUAGGUACAACCCUGUGAAGAUGCUUCAAGGUGUAGCCAAGAAACUGGGCUUAGGUAGUCUCUCUGCAAGGCUUGAUGAAGUAAAAUAUGAGAAUGGGAACAUCAACGUUGUGCAAAAGAAGACCAGAAGCAAACCAAGAUUUUACUCCAAAAAAUUCCCUUACCUCUGUGAUGUCACCCUGAGAUCUGAUGAUGGGAAGGAGUUCCCUUGCCACAAAUGUGUUCUCUGUGCCCGACUCGAGUACUUCAACAGUAUGCUGGGAAAUCCAUGGAUAGAGUCUACCAGCUGUAAUGCACUGGAGAUGCCUACUAGUGCCAAGGUUUUGCAGGUCAUACUGGAGUACAUCUACACAGAUGAGUCUCCCACUAUCAGAGAAUCCCUGAGUGUAGAGUUUGUGUGUAAUGUGCUGGUGGUGGCUGAUCAACUGCUCAUCACUCGGCUGAAGGAGAUGUGUGAGGUGGCAGUCAGUGAAAACUUGACUCUGAAGAAUGCUGCGGAGCUACUGGAGUUUGCUGUGGUAUACAACGCUGAGCAGCUGAAACUGUCUUGUCUUCAGUUUAUUGCUAUCAAUAUGGGUGCCAUGCUGGAAUCCAAGGCCCUGGAGAUUUUGAGUGAUGAUGUGUUAUUGGAGCUGUCCGAAGCAUAUAGGAAAAUGAUUCCAGCCAUGCAGAAGCGACUUAUCACCCCAUAUUUCAAUGCCCCUGAUCUUAGUGCCUUUGAAGAUGUGAGCUGGGAAUCAGUAAUCAGCUGUAAAAACAGUUCUGAACAGGAGCAGUCUAGCAAUGAUGGUGUGUUGAAGAAAGCCAAAAUGAAGGCAAAGAGGAAACCACGGCGACGCUCUGAUAGCUCUGGAGGGUACAACCUGUCUGAUAUCAUCCAAAGCUCACCCACUGUCAUCCAGAGCCCACCUUCUUCAGGCUUGAUUGACUCAGGGAAAGCUUGCUCAGUAGAGUCUCUUCAUGAGCUGAUCACUUCUGAUUCUGAGGGUAGUUAUAUGGGUGUUGGCAGCCCUAGAGAUCUUCAGUCACCCAUCUUUCAGGACGGGCAUGAUGCACAAGAAGAGAAGUCAGGACACGUUGACGGGAAAACUCCUCCCAGCACCCCGACUAUGAGAAAUGGUGCGGUGUCUACCAAGUGUUCCACUCCUGAAAACAUCCCGGAGUUAAGGGCCAGUCCUGUUCGCCGAGCGCCUGUUUUGGACCUCAGGGCCAUUAUGGAAAUGGAGGCCAACUCCCUGAACCUCGGAGCCACUCCAAAAAGCCCUAGUUCGUCUGGAAGUAGCAAUAAGCCUUCAGCCAUGCCUAAUAAAUUGUCUCAGAAGCAAAGGAAGAUGAUGGCCAUGGCCACUAGAGAGGGCAGCGGGGAAGGAGUGUCUGCUAAAUCGUCUGCUAAAUCGCCUGCUGUAGCCAUUCCAGUGAAGCCCGUGAAGACUUGGGCGACAGCAGUACAGUCCCCUCCCUCUUCACUCUCCUUCCGGGAUCUAUUGAUGGAGGAAGAGCAGCGUAGUAAACCAUCUGCAGCUGCCAUCAUGGCUGCUGGAAGUCCAGCAGGUCCUGGAGCCUCCACCAAUUGUGCCAAAAGAGUGACCUUUAAGUGUUCAGAGUCCAACAAUGCUGACAAACCUGCAGGCCCAUGGCUGCUUGGGCCACUGAGCAGCCCACCAUCUGCUGCCGCUGUGACCUUUGCAUCCAUUGUGGAAGAAGAGAAACAACAGGAAGCUGCCCUCAUUCGCAAUCGUGAAAAGCCUCUGGCAUUGAUACAGGUUGAAGAGCGAGCAAUUCAGGACUUGAUGGUUCAUUACAGAGCCUUGAACAACCCGGAUGAGCUCAUCGUGGUGGAGAGAUCACCCCAAGGCCCUGUUGCCACUCCUACAUGGAACAAACAUUCAUAUUAGCAUAACUGCAGCAUAUUCAUAAUGCAUUCACUACAUAUCCCGGGAUGCACUCGGGUAUAUCAGUGUUGACUUGUACCUAAAACUGGAGUGAUGUUUUGGCUUUAUGCUCUUGUGUUGGGCAUUUUGAUGCUGCUUUUUAUUUCUUUUGUUAAAAAUUGAAUGUGUCCUGUUAGACAGCUUGCAAUAAAGCACAAAAAAUUAUAAUGAUCCCAGUAAUAGGCAGGAAUUUUGGACCUGACCCCAAAAAGGAAAAAGCCCCAUGGCCACAUGUGCAGACUUGAGUGUUUGCCAAAGAUUAGUUCAUUUCAUGUGACGGGAGGUGACGUGGUGAAAUUCAGGCUCUAUGUUGUCAAGAAUUGUCUGUACUGUGUAAAGAGAAUUGAGUGGUACUUUUUAUAUGAGGUGUAGAGGAAAGCAUGUGGCUGCAUAGACAGCUCAGGCUUAUCCUAAAAUUACAGCUCUGGAAACAAGUGUAUGGAAAUAAAAAUUGGUGGCCUUCUGUACUCACAGUAAAUGCUGAUGUUAAUUUGCUUAGUUUGUUUCUUUUUGCUUAGUUUUUGUCCCUCCCUUUUUUUUUUUUUUUUUUUUUUUAAGCUGAAGACUUAGAAUUAUUAAGCCAAACAUUUACAAGCACAGUCCCAUGAGUUGGUUCUGUUGGCAGGUAAUUUUAUACUCUGUGAUCCUGAAGUAGCACAUCGGUAUUACAGACAGAGAGAAAACGUUUGUUUGUUGUUGACCGAGGUUUCAGGCAGUGGCAUGCAAUAAAGAACUCAUGUGCAUCA